CGCAGUGCGCCUCGCGUUUUGCAACCUGCAAACGCGCUCUGUCCGAUGCCAUCUUUGGGGACUGUAUGUGUGGCACUGGCAAGGAAUUGGAAUAGCAAAUAGACGGAGCCCACACACCGCUCCGUUAUGUUGUAGUGGCUUUGUUUUCACAUUAAUCAAGCAAUGAGUUUUAAGUCACAGAACUGAAUACCAAAUUGCCUUCUACUAUCAAGAGAUAGCCAGCCUGCUGGAUGGAGACCCAGGAGGAAUGACAGAGUCUCCUUCCCUGUGGGUGACACACCGACAGCUCCAGAAAAUGCACUGGGCCAGUGGAUAUGUUUUUCUGGUCCUGGCGUUCCUUAUCGUCUCUCACACCACUGGGGCCUUAUCUCUGGACAUGGAUGGAAACCAUACGGAACCCGGCAAUGUGACAGACAGCGGAUUUGUCCCAGUUGUGUUCACAAAAGUGGGCCAGAUAAUUGCCCGUGAGGGGAAAAGCGUGCUGAUUGAUUGCAAUGUCACCGGAGAGCCGUUCCCCAGUGUUCAGUGGUUCAACUCCCAUGGAGACCUUCUGGACACGGAGAUGAAUGGUGAUAAGUGGUGGCUGCUGGACACUGGUGUCCUAAACAUCACCAGCAUUGAGUUUGCAGACCGUGGAAAGUACACCUGCAUGGCGUCCAACGUGCACGGCAGUUCCAACUGCACAGUGACGCUGCGAGUGAUCCUCUCCAACGGUGACAUGGGCGUGUACUACAUGGUGGUGUGUCUGGUCACCUUCACCAUCAUUAUGGCCCUGAACAUCACACGCCUCUGCAUGAUGAGCAGCCACCUGAAGAAGACCGAGAAAGCCAUCAACGAAUUCUUCCGCACCGAGGGCGCCGAAAAGCUGCAGAAGGCCUUCGAGAUAGCCAAGCGAAUUCCCAUCAUCACCUCGGCCAAGACGCUGGAGCUGGCCAAGGUGACGCAGUUCAAGACCAUGGAGUUUGCGCGGUACAUCGAGGAGCUGGCUCGCAGCAUCCCGCUGCCGCCGCUCAUCAUGAAUUGCCGCACCUUCAUGGAAGAGAUCCUGGAGGUGGUGGGCGUGGAGGAGAUGAGGCACACCUUUGUCAGACAAGCGCCCGAGGGAUGCCGCGACACAGUGAGCAGGGCCAUCGGGCCGAGAGACAUCUUCUCCAUCUUGCAGGAGAGGGAGCGGGAGAGGCAGCGAGGGCAGGAGAGGGAGCGCAGCGACUCCCCCGCCGCCGACUCCGAGAACUCCUCAGUUCACGAGCAGCCGCAGCACAUCGCCAUCCAGGUGUCGGUCCACCCGCAGCUCGCCAUCGAGGGUUACUGCAGCAUCGACGAGCCACCUCAGCCGGAGGCCGCGCCCUCCUCGCCUCCCCCCUCCUCCUCCCCACCACCCGCUCCCCUCGACCCCGAGGAGCAGCCUGAGGCCGAGGCCGAGGCCGAAGCCAAGCAGGACACCGAGCAGGCUGCGCCCGAAGCGACAGACGCAAACGAUGCCCCUCCCUGCCAGGUGUUUUACGAGAGCCACGUGUGACGAGACAGGCAGACCCCGGAGGAACAAUAAACGAUCCUGCUAUGCAUUUUCACUUGAAAACAAGAAGAGGUCAACAUGACAUUUUUAAUUUCCCAUUUUGGAGUGAAACAAUCACAUUUUUAAUUUAUGUUUUCUGGAGGGACAAUCUCUCGAAACCUCUGUAGACUGUUCUGCUGACAAUAAAUCGCGAGGGUCUCAUGAGGAAAUCAUGAGAGUCACUCUAGACUUUCAUGCUUGAUUGUACACAGCAGGGGUAAUCAAUAAUGUUAUUAAUGUAAUAAGCAGUGAUUGUAAAGUGACAUUUCCUGUGUUGAGAUUUUUAUAGCUCAGACUAUUAUUUAAAGAAAUAGGGUACUCACGGGGGUGGGGGAGGGGAGAAUGAUUUCUUUUUUUUUUUUUUUUUUUUUUUAGUUUAGUGCUAGGGUUUUCAGGACUAACUCCAGAAAUCUGCCUCAAGCUGCUCUUCGUGCCGUUUUUCAAACCAUGAAAGCUAAGCUUCCUUCAUCCACUCAAGAAUUCACAUCCAGCUACUGUUACAGCUGAUCCGUUAUUGUACAACGUCCUGCUCACCUAGAGAUGCAUGCUGGACUGACGACAAAAAAAAAAAAGUUUGGUCAACAUUUCAUGAUUGUACAGCCUACUGUAUUUCUACAAAACAAGUAAGCCAGUUAAAUCCUUAAAAUGUGUGUAUAGUAAUUACCUGAUUGGGUCGCACACCUCUGGGUAUAGUGUUUGUCUGUUUCUUUUGAAAUAUUUUAGUAUUAUUAUAUUAUUAGAGUAUUAUUAUUACCCAUUGUGGUGUGAUUUUGUUAAUCAGCUAGUUUAAGCCGUAAAAAAACAUUUUUUAGUUUUUAUUCUAUAAAAAUGAUCUCCUCAGUAGAGAAGAGUAGCUUCUUUUCCUCCACCAUGUGCUGUUUUAGGCUUUUUAUCUCCUUUCUGACCUGUUCUUAGCAAUGUCUUGCUUCUGCAGAGGCUUUACAGUACAGUUGCAUUUCUGCUGCAUGUGAGAUUGGACAAUGGGACUAAAAAAACUCUUUUCUUUCUUCUUUUGCUCGGCUAACAGUCCAGUCUGUGGCGGAGAUGAACUGGAUGCUCUUCGGCUUUUGCUGGUGCUCUUGAGAUGGCUUUUUUUUUUGGUAGUGGAAUAAAAUAGAAGUGCUGUAUAUAAAAAAACAACAAAAAAAACAUUGAUUGCA